GCGCCAGCGGGAAGCGGCGCGCGGCUGCCGGAGCCAUGGCGGAGGCGAAGGUGAAGGCGGAGGCGAAGGUGAAGGCGGAGGCUCCCGACCUCAUGGACAUAGAGAGCAGGAUUAUUGAGCUGUGCCAUCAGUUCCCUCACGGCAUCACAGACCAGGUGAUCCAAAACGACAUGCCUCACAUGGACGCCCAGCAGCGAGCCGUGGCCAUCAACAGGCUGCUCUCCAUGGGGCAGUUGGAUCUUCUCAGGAGCAAUGCAGGCCUCCUUUACAGAAUCAAAGAAUCCCAAAAUGCAAGCAAAAUGAAAGGCUCUGACAACCAAGAGAAGCUGGUUUACCAAAUUAUAGAAGAUGCAGGCAGCAAAGGUAUCUGGAGCAGAGACAUUAGAUACAAAAGUAAUUUGCCUUUAACAGAGAUCAACAAGAUACUGAAAAACUUGGAAAGCAAGAAGCUAAUCAAAGCAGUUAAAUCUGUGGCAGCAUCCAAGAAGAAGGUGUACAUGCUGUACAACCUGCAGCCUGACCGCUCUGUGACUGGUGGGGCUUGGUACAGUGACCAAGACUUUGAGUCUGAGUUCGUGGAGGUGUUAAACCAGCAGUGCUUUAAAUUUCUACAGAGCAAGGCAGAGGCAGCUCGAGAGAGCAAACAGAAUCCCAUGAUACAGAGGAACAGCUCAUUUGCCUCAUCCCAUGAGGUGUGGAAAUACAUCUGUGAACUGGGCAUCAGCAAGGUGGAGCUGUCGAUGGAAGACAUCGAAACCAUCCUGAAUACGCUGAUCUACGACGGCAAGGUGGAGAUGACAAUCAUUGCUGCGAAGGAAGGGACGGUGGGCAGUGUGGAUGGGCAGAUGAAGCUGUACAGAGCUGUCAGCCCUCUCAUGCAACCCACUGGCCUAGUCAGGACGCCCUGUGGGCUCUGCCCUGUUUUUGAUGACUGCCAUGAAGGGGGUGAGAUUUCUCCAUCAAACUGUAUUUAUAUGACAGAGUGGCUGGAGUUUUAAAGUGAAAGAGAACUGCAAGCUGGAUUUGUUCUUCAGGACCAAGGUGACAAGCUUGCUUUUCAAAAACAGUGAACUCUACAUUUGUGAGCAACUGCAGGACGUGGAGAGGCUUUGCGUUAAAUGCAGCCUUGCCUUUACGAAGCAGCAGCCUCUCAGUUGUGUGAACUGAGUCAGUGCUGAAGAUCAGAGCUGAAGUGGAAACACAGAUCUGUUCUGGGACCAAGAAUGGGUUGUGCCAUCUGAGAAGUGCCACGGCACAGCUGAGUGGUGAUGAAGCAUCGCUUCCAAGGGCACUAUGGAGUACUCCACAGGAGGAAAGGAAUGAAGUUCUUAGCUGAUCAGGAAAACUUGCCAAUCAGUGUCACCAAGGAUGAGAUUCUGAACUGGGGUUUAGAAUUCUGACACAUUCUAAAGAUUGUAGAAUUUGGUUUAGUGUCUCCUGAUCUCCUGGUAGGUGUUUUAAGUCCUGGAGCCAGGACUUUUCCCCCCUCAUGGCUGCCAUCUAAUUGAAGAGUAGGAUUCCGAUGUGGCAAAGAUCCCAAAUAUGCCAACCAGAACUCCCUGGUUCUUUGUUUUCUUUCUUACCUGCUAAUUUAUCAUUACACUCUGAUUUUCCUU